UCGCUGCAGUUAACAGUGGUGGAUCGGAACGUCCCUGAGCGCGGAGUAGAGGAGAGUACACGGCGAUACAGUCUUUGGGAGGAGAUAGUGCUUAUUUUCCCCCCUCUCUCAGAUCUAACAACAAAUUAAAUACGAUUUUGGUUCAGAGGGUCGUCUAACUACAGCAAUCGAAACGUGGGAGGAACAAAGGAUUUGAUCUUUCAAGUUUUUCUUUAGCAUUUGUUUUCUUUUCAUAAAACAGGAUUCUGUUGGAGGCUCGCUCGCACUCUAGACGCAAAGAUGAUGGUUGGAGAGAUCGAGGUGAAGGAGAGACCGAGGCCGAGUCCCGACUAUUUGAUGCAAUUGUUAAACGAAAAGAAGCUGAUGACCAGUUUGCCAAAUCUGUGCGGUAUCUUUACACACCUUGACCGGCUUCUCGAUGAAGAGAUCAACAGAGUCAGGAAAGACAUGUACAACGACACAGCCAACGGACCUAUAGACAAACAGCCUCUGGAAUUACCCGAGGCCCUGGGACCAAUCAUUCAUCUGCAGGAGAAGCUCUUUGUGCCUCUAAAAGAGUACCCUGACUAUAACUUCGUGGGCAGAAUCCUGGGGCCUCGUGGACUCACCGCCAAGCAGCUGGAAGCGGAGACUGGAUGUAAAAUCAUGGUGCGAGGCAAGAGCUCCAUGAGGGACAGAAAGAAGGAGGAGCAGAACAGAGGCAAGCCCAACUGGGAACAUCUGAACGAGGACCUGCACGUCCUGAUCACGGUGGAGGACACACAGAAGCGCGCUGAGAUCAAGAUGAAAAGAGCCUUAGAGGAGGUCAAGAAGCUCCUGGUGCCCGCGGCGGAAGGAGAGGAUAAUCUGAAGAAGAUGCAGCUGAUGGAGCUGGCCAUUCUCAACGGGACGUACCGAGACACCAACAUCAAGACACACCCCCUUGCGUUCUCUCUUGCAGCGGCGGCCGCCGCCGCUCAGGGCCCCCGUCUAAUGCAGGCCCCCCAGGGGCAGUUGAUGGCCCCACAUCAGCAGAUGAGGCCCCCCACACCGGCAGGGCCCCCCAUCAUGAACAUCAUCCGACAACCCCAAAUGCAGGGCAUGUUACCCAAUGGCACCCCAACCCUGGUGCCUCCCUCGCCGGACGGCAGCAUCCUCUACGCCUCCCCGUACGACUACCCGUACGCCCUGGCGCCCACCUCCCUGCUGGAGUACCCCAUCGACCACAGUGGGGUUCUAGGUAAGCGACCCUGGGGCCUGGGCGGCGGACCCUUUAGCCCCGGACAGGAGGGCAGCUUGUUUUACCCUGGGUUUUUGGACGCGGCUUCGAUGAGCCAGGGUCAGGACUUGUUGAAAGGUGCAAUGGCUACUAAAAUGAGACGACAUGACUCGCGCGUCCAUCCUUACCAAAGGAUUGUAGACAGAGCCGCCACCGGCAACUAACACAUGACCUUCUGACCUCUGAACUCUUCACCCAAUGACGAGCCGCCCCAAGCCUGCCUGCUGAUCAGUUAACUGGUAAUUGCCUUUUGCUAGCCUCUCGGGACGCAGUGAGAAAGAGGCGCCUGCCCUUAGUUACCCUAACAUGUUUUUGAUUUUUUUUUUUUACAUUUAAAAAUAUAUAUAAAUCACAAUCUCAUAGAAACACAUCAAACCAAGUUAUUAUUUUAUUGAUUUCUGUUCAUUGAGUUGAAUUCCCAUUCUCUCUCUUUCUUUUUCUUCAUGAAUCACAAACUUGAGGAAUGUGUGUGUGUGUGUGUUACUAAUGAAUCUGCACUGAAUAAAAAAUAUAUAUAUAUUUAUAUAUAUAUAUAUAUAAUCUCAAUAAAGAUCCCGUCCUCCCUGUCGACCGCCCCGUACCUGCUCUGAUUCGGUGACCUCACAAAUAAUUACUGAACAAUGGUAAAUGGGAACGGAACCCAAACUGUAUGUCCCCAGUCCCUCUUUCCCUCCCCAUUCCACACUUCCUUGUGGGUCAUUUGAAAGAAAA